CACAUUCCAACAAGCAAGAUGACCACUAGUUCGGACGUUCUGGCAUUGCUACAGCGACCCUUGGAACCCACCUUUUUCCCGAAAGAUGAUGGCAAAACCGUGCUGGAACUGCCGGAACGUUACCUGUCCGACCGAUACCGUCCACUUGGUGCCGAUCUGCAGACCCGCUUCGGUGACAACGUGGAUGUGAAAAUCCCGGUGCGCGAUGUUGGAAUUCCCGAUAUUGCCUUCGCAGAGGUGAUAGAUCGGAGGGGUUCAUUUUCUGUGUUUAUUCAAAAGCAUCGCGAGAUUGCGGCACAGUUGAUCGAACUGUUCCUGCGACAGCCAAACAUUCCGUCGCUAAUAGGAGUAGCAUCGUACUGUCGAGAGCGAUUGAAUGUGUAUCUGUUUCAGUAUGCAUUUGCAGUGGCUGUGCAGCAUCGUCCGGAUACGAGCAAUGUGAACUUGCCAUCGAUCUUGGAACUAUUUCCAAGCCAGUUUGUAGAUCCGGCUGUGUUUCCAAAGUUACGUGAAGAGGGCAAGGUCGUUUCACAGGCUGAUAGGAUGGCCAUUGAUAUACCAAUGAAUUAUACGGCUUCGGAGCGGGAGGAUGAACAGCGAUUGGCGUACUGGCGUGAGGAUAUUGGGGUCAACUUGCACCACUGGUACUGGCAUUUGGUGUAUCCGACGGCGGGUCCAGUGGAGGUCAUUAACAAAGAUCGCCGGGGAGAAUUGUUUUUCUAUAUGCAUCAGCAGCUUAUUCAUCGAUACAAUGUGGAACGAUUUGGUAACCGGUUGGGAAAGGCCAAAUCAAUGCAUAACUUCCGGGAACCCAUUGCUCAAGCAUAUUUUCCAAAGAUGUUAAGAAGUGCAGAUAACAGAGCUUACGCAGCACGGCCAGAAGGAACCACACUCAAAGACAUCGAUCGCUAUGUUGAGGGUCUUAAGUUUACGAUUGCCGAAAUGGAAAUGUGGAGGGAUCGAAUUUACCACGCGAUUGAUGCUGGAUUCGUUGUUGAUAAAUCCGGCAAAAAUAUUCCAUUAGAUGAAAAAACUGGAAUCGAUAUUAUAUCAAACGUGCUGGAAGCUUCGGAUUUAUCAAUCAACCCUGCCUUCUACGGAAAUCUUCACGUCUCGGGACACAUCGCUAUCGCAUUCUGUCAUGAUCCAGACUAUCGCUAUUUGGAGCCAUUCGGAAUCAUGGGAGAGUUAUCAACAGCACAAAGAGAUCCUUCUUUCUACCUCUGGCAUUCUUUCGUCGACGAUGUAUUGGUUCGCCACAAAGAUUCAUUAAAUCCCUACACUGCGGCUGAUCUUUCGUUCCCAGGAAUAAGCGUCACAAAUCUCAACGUUGCUUUGAACCGCGCGAAUGUGGUGCCAAAUGUUCUGCUAACGUACUGGCAGCGUUCGCAGGUGGACCUGGCAGCCGGAUUGGAUUUCGGUCCUAAGGGGAACGUGUUUGCUUCCUUCACUCAUCUGCAACAUGCUCCAUUUGUGUACAACAUCGAAGCUAAUAACAGCAAUAGAAGUCCAUCGCGGGGAACAGUUCGUAUAUUUAUGGCUCCGAAAACGGACGACCGCAACACGACUUUGAAAUACGACGAAUGGAGACGUUACGUCAUUGAGUUGGACAAGUUUGUGGUCACUUUGACACCAGGAGUUAAUAGAAUCACUCGGCGCUCCAACCAGUCCAGCGUGACGGUGGCAUACAAUCGAACGUUCCGACAAAUUAAAACCGAAGCACAAAUACCCAAAAAAGACGAUCUGGAGCAAUUCCGUUUCUGUGGAUGCGGCUGGCCGGAACAUAUGCUGCUUCCGAAAGGCACGGUAGAAGGAAUGGUGUUUGAUCUGUUUGUAAUGAUCUCAAACUACGCUGGAGACACUAUUAACCAGGAGUUCGAUGAAAAUGUCAACUGCAACGAUUCGCACUCUUUCUGCGGCUUGAGGGACAAAUUGUAUCCGGAUGCUCGUUCUAUGGGAUUCCCAUUCGAUAGGAAAUCACCCGCAACGGUGCAAACCUUGCAGCAGUAUAUGGCACCCAACUCGAAUAUGCGAGCCACGGAUAUUACGAUUAAGUUCAGAAAUACUGUUAUCGCGAGAACAUAAACAAUUGAGCACUGAUUUUACUCUUGAAUAAAAUGACUUUCCUUGAGAUG